AUGUCUGUCUCUACGAUCAGCAAAGCCGACUGGACCCAGUGGCAGAACCUCUUUCGCCAAUAUAUCGCCUUCUAUCAGACAUCCAUCCCCGAAACGCAGUAUCAGAACACUUUCGACCGUAUCAUCGACCCAAGUGGCGACUUGCACGCGCUCGCGAUCCGCGAAGAAGACGGUUCGCUGAACGGCAUUGCGCACUACCUCUUCCAUACAUCCUCAUGGUCGGAUAAGCCCGUUUGCUACCUGAACGACUUGUUCGUCAAUCCUGACAUCCGUGGAAAAGGGUACGGCAGGAAGCUGAUCGUCGCGUGCGGUAAGGCUGCCGAGGAGAGAGGCUGCUCCAAGUACUAUUGGUUGACGCGGCAUGAGAACGCCGUAGCGAGGAAGCUUUACGACACGUUCGGAGACUCUGGGUAUGCAGAGUACAGAGUCAAAUUGCCAAGCGAUAAGUGGUGA